CCGAACACACACUCUCUCUCUUCUCUCUCUCUCUCUCUCCGGCGCGAUCGAUCUGCUGCUUCGAGAACCUCCGCGGGCCAUAGCCGUUUCCGCCGGCGAUCGUCUUCUCGAACCUCCGAGGUCGUCCGCGCAGCGAAUUCCACUUCGGCGUUUUUGACCGUGCAUCUUCUCCGUGUCUCUCGGCGCUCGUCGCAUCGUCGGGGCCGCGCGCUCUCGAAGAAGAAGAAGAAGAAGAAGAAGACGCUGCCCAACUUCCUGCUGCUCGCCCCGGCGGUCGCGUCGUCGAGCGUGGAAGGAGGAGGGAGAGGAAGGAGGGGGACGGGACGAGACGGGACGGAUGGAAGAACUGUGUAAGGCUAUGGACCAGCACAUGGACCAGAUGGCGGAUCUCGUCCAGAAGAUCUCGGCCGAGCUUCGAUCCGGACUUCGUCCUGCGUACGAUAACUUCGUUGGAUUCUUCCACGCGAUUGAUUGGAAGGAACCUUGGUUAAUUGGCUUAAUCUCAUUCCAUAUAAUGUUGCUGAUAAUAGUAAUCAUCUCAAGGAAGAGUGUCAACUUCCAAAUGUGUUUAUUUCUCCUGACAUUGAGUGGCGUUUAUCUUGCUGAGAGGCUGAAUAAAUUUUUGGGAGACAACUGGAGGAGCUUUGCAACCCAGAACUAUUUUGAUCCGCAUGGACUAUUUCUGUCAACGCUCUGGUCAGGGCCCCUACUGGUUAUUGCAAUCGUGAUCUUGGUAAAUACGCUUUUUUCGUUGUGCCAUCUGAUUGUUAGGUGGAAAAAGGCUGAGCUGAGACAUAGAGCUAGGCUUUCUCGUAAUAAGCAGGACUGACUUUUUUAUUCUGCGGUAGUUACUGAGGUAAUUCGAGGCCUGAUGCAUCAGUUUCUCCUGAACUUGUUAUAUAGCUCAAGCACCCCCAAUACUUGACGUGCAUGGCUUAUGAUCAUAACAUAUGGGGAGUGAAUCUUGUAUCACAAGCCUUUCUGUCUGAGCUUCUCUUCGUGCGGAGUUAGUUAUGGUUGAAGAUUUUUAUACUUGGAUCUCAUUCGGUUUUGGAUGGUGUAACAUCAUACUUUGAAAAGUCUUGUGCUCACGUGGUGUUUCUUUUUCUGUGAUGUAAAGCAUCUCAUCUUGAUAGCUGAGCUGGAACUAUUGCACUUUGGGAAUCAUCUAAUCAGGAAAUUUGUCUCUAUCUUGAACUUAA